AUGGAUGCUGCAGCCCCCCAUGUCGGCCAUCUCUACACGUUAGUCCUCGCAGAUGUCCUCAAACGAUGGGCAAAGCUUCGCGGCGACGAGAGCGCGACCCUACUGACGGGAACCGACGAACAUGGCAUGAAGGUGCAAAAGGCUGCUCAAAAGGCGAAUACCGACGUCAAAUUGUUCUGCGAUCAUCACGCCGAACAGUUCAAGGCGUUAUGUGACGCAGCCAAUAUCGACUACGAUCGCUUCAUCCGUACCACUGAUGAGGACCAUAAGGAUGUUGUCCGAUAUGUCUGGGAAGAGCUGAAUCGCGGUGGAUUUAUCUACGAAGCCAAGCAUGAGGGAUGGUACUCGGUCAGCGACGAGACUUUCUAUCCCUCAACCCAGGUUCACAAAGUCCUCGAUCCCUCAUCAGGUCUGACAAAGAUCGCCUCCAUCGAGACAGGAAAAGAUGUGGAAUGGACUUCAGAAAUGAAUUACCAUUUUAGGUUGUCCGCUUUUCAAACCCCUCUGCUCAAGUACUACGAGGAACACGCAGGCGCUAUUGUCCCGAAGCAACGCAUGGCUUUCAUCACGGACGAGAUUCGAAGUGGACUCAAAGAUCUCUCUAUUUCGAGACCGUCGUCACGUUUGACAUGGGGAAUUCAGGUUCCAGGCGACGAGAGCCAGACCAUUUACGUCUGGCUCGAUGCCUUGUUCAAUUACUUAACGAUGACAGGAUAUCCUUUCGUUAACAAAAAUGACCCGAACAUGGUGUGGCCACCCAAUUGUCAGGUCAUUGGUAAAGAUAUCAUUCGUUUUCACACUAUAUACUGGCCUGCUUUUCUAAUGGCUCUGGGACUUCCUGUGACUGAAAGAUUUCUGACCCAUGCCCAUUGGACGAUGAACAAUGAGAAAAUGUCCAAAUCGGCCGGCAACGGAGUGAAUCCGUUCUACGCCAUGGACCGAUUCGGAGUGGAUUGCAUUCGGUUCUUCAUGGCACACAACGGGGGUAUCGUCGACGAUGCCACAUACGACAACUCAUUCAUUGAAGAUACAUACAAUCACUUGUUGAGGGGUGGUCUCGGCAAUCUGAUCCAUCGCGUCUUUAAGAGCAAGCACUUCGAUGUCCGCGAAGCGGUCAGACUGGUCAGUGAAGACGAAGGUUUCUCGGAGUUCAUCGCUCGAGAACAAUGGACCGCCAGUAACCCGGAAAUGCAGGCUGUUCAUGCCAGUCUUAGAAAUCAUCAUGCCAAAUUAUGCUCUGUUAGGGAAAUUGCAGACAACCACAUGAAGGAACCAGAUCCCCGGAAGGCUGUCCAGUCAAUUUGUGAGCUGAUCGGAGAGGUAUGGAAUACUGAACAUUCUAGUGACGUCGUAGACCUGACAAAUUUGCAGACAAACAAAUUCUUCCAUAAUACCGCAAUCUGGAAGAUUAUUAAGAGUGCAGAUCCCGAAACAAGAAAAAUAGCGAAUUACGUCCUUUUCACGAGCGCAGAAUCCAUUCGAAUAAUGGCCAUUUUGCUCCAGCCGUUUAUGCCUGAAAAAAUGAAAGCAGCCCUCGAUUUGAUGGAAGUCGGUGAAUCAAAACGAGCAUUUGAUGAAGCUCGUUUUGGUGCAGAUAUCACCUAUGGUCCUCCAGCGCUGGAAGCGAAUGCAGGGGCGCCUGCUGCCGUUGUCUUUCCUCUACUAUUAUCAUCCCAUUGA